AUGGCUCCUAAAACCAAACGUCUUAAAAAAACUGCAUCUACUCAAGAACCACAUGUUCCUCCUCUUGUGUGUCCUAUACCUCCACAACCUAUACCUCCUACUCAACAACCACAUAUUCCUUCUAUGUCGACCCAUCCACAUGUUCCUCCUCUUAUGGCUCCUACUCCACAUCCAUAUAUUCCUCCUCCUAUGGCUCCUACCUCACAUCCACAUGUUCCACCUCUAGUGGAUACUACUCGACAACCACAUGCAGGAUGUGAGUCGAGUAGAGUAUGGACUGCAUCAGAAAGGUCUAUUGAACGUUAUUGUUCCCUUUGCAUGUCAAAUAAGUAUAGAAAUGAAAAGAUGAAUUUGUGGAACCGUGUUUAUGAUAGUUCAUUAUCAAGAGAACAAUUAAUUGUUAAUGUCCCUAAUGGUAUUCAAAAAGAUCAGUGGUCUUCAUUUGUUGAUUAUCAUAUGAGUGAAGAGUAUAAGAAAUUAAGCAAGAGAAAUAUUGAAGUUAGAAAAGUGCAAAAAAUUCCUCAUACUGGUGGUGCAAAGCUUUUGUCUACAAAACAACAUGAGAUGGAAGUAAACCUUGGACAUGUUGUGGGUAGAAGAAAGUUGUAUAUUGAGACUCAUAAGAAAAAAAAUGGAUCUUAUGUCAAUGAAGAGGCAAAGUCUAUUGCAAAAAUGACACAAGAAAUGAGUCAAAGUGUUAAUUCUAAUGAAAUCUCAGUUGAUGAUUGUGUUAGUAAAGUGUUGGGAAAGGAUCAUUCUGGACGUGUACGUUGCUUAGGACUAGGAGGUCUUCAUAGUGUUGCAUUUCAAUCCACGACUAGAUUUAGUAAUGCAGGGCACAAUUUCUCAAAUUUUGGUUCAACUGAAAGUUCUCAAUUGAAAGAGGAAGUUAUUAGUCUGAGGGAAAAGUUAGCAACUUCUGAAGAAAAUUUAAAGACAUUAAAAAGUGUCAUGCUUGCAUACAUCCAAAUGAAGGAAGGGCAUACUCCUCAUGAGUUGGGAGUCAUGUUUGAUAAUGAGACUAAUGUAAUUGAUGAAGAGAGUGACCAAGAAGUGCCAACAUCGCGCAGAGGAUCAUCACUUGAUAGUAACUUUCAUGGAGUUUGA